ACUUUGAUCACCGCCGCGCAACUGCUUGAAGUCGCUCCCCGGUUGCGCGCAUGUUUCCCCCGGGUUUAUGCGCGCUGCUGUGCGUGAUCCUAGCGUCCUAACCGCCGGUCCUGGGUCGCGACAUGCCCGAGCGACGCGAUGGUCCAAGGCGACGAGAAAGACCGAAUUGUGAUUAAUGUGGGGGGGAUCCGGCACCAGACCUACCGCAGCACCCUGCGCACUCUGCCCGGGACGCGCCUGGCCUGGCUAGCCGAGCCCGACGCCCACAGCCACUUUGACUACGACGCCCAAAGCGACGAGUUCUUCUUCGAUCGGCACCCGGGAGUCUUUGCGCACAUUCUUAACUACUACCGCACCGGCAAGUUGCACUGCCCGGCCGACGUGUGCGGACCCUUGUACGAGGAGGAGCUCGCCUUCUGGGGCAUCGACGAGACCGACGUGGAGCCGUGCUGCUGGAUGACCUACCGACAGCACCGCGAAGCCGAGGAAGCCCUGGACAGUUUCGGCGGUGGCCCUGCAGACCUGGGUGAGGAUACGGAUGUAGACGGUUUGGGGGAACUGGGGGACGCGGACGAUGAGCUGGAAAUGACCAAGAGACUUGCACUGGGAGACACAAGUGACCCCAAAGCUGCAGGACACUGGCACCGCUGGCAAAGGCGCGUCUGGGCACUCUUCGAGGACCCGUACUCUUCUAAAUAUGCAAGGUGGGUGGCAUUUGCCUCUCUGUUCUUCAUCCUGGUGUCUAUUACCACGUUCUGCCUGGAGACACACGAGGCCUUCAACCCCAUCAUCAACCGCACAGAUAUCGACCCGGUGGAUAACAGCACGCGGAUCUACCAGGAGACAGAGACUGAAGUCUUUCUCACCUAUAUUGAAGGUGUCUGUGUGGUGUGGUUCACGUUCGAGUUCCUCAUGCGCAUCACCUUCUGUCCCGACAAAAAGAAGUUCAUCAAAAACACCCUCAACAUUAUUGACUUUGUGGCCAUCCUGCCUUUCUACCUAGAGGUGGGUCUGAGCGGUCUGUCCUCCAAAGAGGCUAAAGACGUGCUGGGAUUCCUACGCGUGGUCCGAUUUGUUCGCAUCCUCCGAAUCUUCAAGCUGACCCGCCACUUUGUGGGCCUGCGAGUGCUCGGACACACACUCCGAGCCAGCACCAACGAAUUCCUGCUCCUCAUCAUCUUCCUCGCCCUGGGAGUGCUCAUAUUCGCCACCAUGAUCUACUACGCCGAGCGGAUUGGCGCCAAGCCCAACGAUCCCCGUGCCAGCGAGCACACGCACUUUAAGAACAUUCCUAUCGGCUUCUGGUGGGCCGUGGUCACCAUGACCACUCUGGGUUACGGAGACAUGUACCCGCAGACGUGGUCGGGCAUGCUAGUGGGCGCGUUGUGUGCCCUGGCUGGUGUGCUGACCAUAGCCAUGCCGGUCCCAGUCAUCGUCAAUAACUUUGGGAUGUACUACUCGCUGGCCAUGGCGAAGCAGAAGCUACCAAAGAAAAAGAACAAGCACAUCCCACGAGCACCGCAGCUGGGCUCCCCGAAUUUCUGUAAGUCGGGCACAAACUCACCCCACCACAGCACACAGAGCGAGACGUGCCCACUGGCUGCCCAGGACGAGGUUUUACAAAUGAACCUAGCAGAUCCCAAAGUGAACGGCGAGGCGGCCAAGGCGGCGCUGGCCGACGAGGACUGUCCACACAUAGACCAGGCACUUACCCCCGAGGACUGCCAGAUCUUUAGCCCUCGCGAACCGUGCGGGGAGACGCCGUGUUUUCUCCUGAACAUGACCGGCCGUGCCACACACCCGGGUACCAGAGUGAAGAAAGAGGCUGAGCGGCCUGGCCGGAGCAGGCAGCCUGCAGACUCUGUGUGUGUCAUGAACCGUGGUGUACCGACCACUCUGUGCAUGGCUCGCAACACCCGCGACCCCACCUGAUAAGCUUGUCUGUGUGUCGUACGUAAAUAAGUGGCUUAACGGGCUCACGGGAGGGAAGCAGCUCAUCGUCCAGUUUCUGUGUUUCUACACUUUCUAGGAAGAAAUGUCGCGAAUCGUAUUGUCGACCUCUCUGUUUGUGCCGUGGUGCCAGAUUGUUCGAGGUGUGUUAUAACUGCAUGAGUGUUUUCAUCUGUGCCGUGUUGUUAAAAGUCGUGUGUGUUCAGUGUGGACGUGUGGAGUGGUAUUUUCUACUCUGCUUUUCUGUAAAAGCUUCUCGCUUGACGCUUGUAUUUGUUAUUCACUUUAACCCUUCACAA